AUGGCGGAGUUGAUGUCCUUGGUCAAGCAAGACGGGGCAGCUCCGCACAGCGACAUGGAAGCAGCCAAGUCCAAGGAAGAGAUGAGUGUGGACUUCAACUUCUUCAGCCAGCUCCCGACCCCUGUGCAACCGGCCUUGCGGACGUCCGCCAUGGUUCUGGGCAUUUUUGAUGGUCAUGAGGCAGGCGUGGUGGCCGUGGAGGUAUGUGCUUCCAGCAUGGGCAAUUCGGGGACCGCGUUCUCUCAGGUAGAGGCCGAUGGAACUUUCUGCAUUUUUGUAGCAGCAAAGGCUACCUUUGAGCUGUGGUUCACAGUAGCAGACACCGUCUCUUCGCCACUUCGAUUUGGCCCUUUUUUGGCGCGUAGCUGCGACGAGGUCACACACUUGGGUACCUUGCGCGCAAGCUACUCCACAAAGCCGGGUGAGUGGCGAAAACCUGUUGCGCCCGCUGGGGCAUUCAUCAUGCUUCCUCGCGUGGAGAUCGGGGGGCACGACCCAUGA